AUGAGCUCUCUCCGCUUUGCUCGCUCUGCUCUUAGGGCUCGUCCCUCCGCCUUCCGCGUUCCUCUCCAGCGCAGAGGUUACGCCGAGGCUGUGUCGGACAAGAUCAAGCUUUCCCUGACCCUUCCUCACCAGUCCAUCUUCAAGUCUGCCGGCGUUGUCCAGGUCAACAUCCCCGCCGAAUCCGGAGAGAUGGGUGUCCUCGCCAACCACGUCCCCUCCAUUGAGCAGCUCAAGCCCGGUCUCGUUGAGAUCGUUGAGGAGGGUGGUGCCAGCAAGAAGUUCUUCCUCUCUGGUGGUUUCGCCGUCGUUCAGCCCGACUCCCAGCUGAGCAUCAACGCCGUCGAGGGUUUCCCUCUUGAGGACUUCAGCAUCGAUGCCGUUCGCUCCCAGAUCACCGAGGUCCAGAAGAUUGCUAGCGGCAGUGGCAGCGAGCAGGACAUUGCUGAGGCUAAGAUUGAGCUGGAGGUUCUGGAGAGCCUGCAGGCCGUCCUCAAAUAGAUACUUGAUGUACAUAUCCACGCGACUUCAACUUUGAACCUGUAGAAUUAUAGCAAUUCUCUUGAAACCCAUGCAUGGUCCUGAGGAGACGUCUAUUAAUAGCUUACUUUGGCGUUUCCUGACCGGUUGGAUGGUGUCGACGCUUUCCUUUAUUGCAGGCCCGACUCGCUCUUUC